UACUUCUUGCCUUUGGAGGUACCCAGUGUCAUUCUUCAGGAUAUCGAACGGCAUGGGCUCGCGAAUCGAAAUCCUGAACGCGCACGGGUAUCGCUCGGACGGGCGCAAGCAGUAUGAGCUGCGCGAUAUGACGAUCGACCUGAGCCCUAGGGCAUCCGCGGACGGGAGCGCGCUUGUGUCGCAUGGUCUAACGCAAGUCUUGGUCUCCGUAUAUGGGCCAAGGGAACCGAAGCAGAGGUCGCAAUCCGCGCAUGACCGCGCAACGAUCAAUGUGGAGGUUGGGACGGCGCCGUUCAGCAGUGGGGAGAGGAGGAAGAGGGGGCGGGGGGACAAACGCACCCAGGAGCUGUGCUAUACCGUGCAACAAACCUUUGAGCCCGUAGUCCUCACCUCCAUCUAUCCGCGCUCUACCAUCGACGUCUUCAUCACCAUCCUACAACAAGACGGCUCGCUCAUCCCCGCGUGCAUCAACGCGACGACGCUCGCGCUCAUCUGCGCGGGCGUGCCCCUCCUCGACUUCGUCUGCGCUGUCUCCGCAGGCGUGCACGACACGGAGAGCAUGCUCGAUCUCACGACGCUGGAGGAGAACGACCUGCCGUGGGUGAAUGCGGCGGUGAUGCCGAAGACGGGGAAGGUGGUGAUGGUGGGGCUGGAGACGAGGCUGCAUGUGCAGAGGUUUGAGGAGAUGUUUAGAAUCGCCCUCGACGCGGCGAAAGUCCUUCACCAGGAGAUGAAGGCAGCGAUCCAGGAUCGGACGAACAAAUUGACCUUAGCUAUGUCUGCCGUCAAGGGCCCGGGCCAAAAGACGGGGGACGACGAUAUGAUGGAAUGAGCUGCGCUGUGGGACGAGUGCGUGUGCGAUACCCAUUUUCUGUGUCUUCACUUGAAAGCCGACGUGCAUCAAACGUCCUUCGCAAGUCACUUUUCACGCGCUUCAAACCUUGAUUUCUACUGUUACUUG